GUUUCUGUCAAAAACAACAUGGCGCCUGUCGGAGCGUUAUGUACCUGACCACUCAUGUCUCUGUGUCCUAACAUGUGGCUGUGGACCUGUCUGUUACCUGUUCUGCUGCUCUCACACACCCAGGCUCACAACCAACACAGGGCGCCAAAGACCUUCCACGUGAGUGAGGGGCAACUGUUCAUUUUGCCGUGCAGUCCGGCAGGUCAACAACGAAACGUGAGCUGGAGUCGAGAGGGUCAGAAGCUGGACCAGGAGGGACAGAGGCUGAUAGGAAGCCUGGGUGUGGAAGUUCAGGAGGGGCGACUCUGGUUCAAACCUGUACAGAGCAGACACAGCGGAGUGUACACCUGCCACUACAGGUCCCAGACUGGCGAGCACCAGGCACAGAUGGAGCUCUCCGUGUCCAGAGAGAAGUGCCCGUUUGCGGAUGAGCACAGAACUCAGCACCAGGGAGUGACCGGGAUGCUCCCAUGUAAACUGCAACACCACUACAAGUUCUACAACCUCAGCAGCACCAGACCCGUGCGGUGGAUGAAGGACUGUGCUCCUCUGCACAGAGCUGGGGCCCCUGUGAGGGUGGACGAGUGGGGGUACUUGUGGCUGCAAGAGGCCUCCUCACAGGACACUGGGACAUAUACCUGCUUCUUAGACCUCAGUGUAGAGGGACAGAACUACAGCGCUGCCUGGAGUAUGGAGGUGACAGUAACCGAUGAAACAGUGUAUGUCGAUCCUACUGUGGUCUACCCUCAGGAUCAGGUGCUUCCAGUGAAACUAGGUGACAGUGUGGAGCUGCAAUGCAGGGCAGACCUGGGCUACAGUAAGGAUGACCACACAUUUAUGUACUGGCUCCUGAACCAUACCCACACCGAUGACCACCCCGGGCUCUCUGACUCCUGGCACUACGUGCAGGAGGGCUGGCGUGUCCAUGGCGUGUCCACUCUGCUCAUCUCUCAGGUUCACCCGGGCCUCCUCAACGUGUCCAUCAUGUGCUGUGUGAACAACCCCGUGGGAGAGGACCACGGCCAGCUCUGGCUCACACAAGCGGACACCAGUGCAUUCCACCGGUCUCUGGGGUGGAGCCUGGGCCUAAGCUUGGCUCUGCUACUCCUGGUUGCCUCUGUAUACUACUGCAGGGUGGAGCUGCUGCUGCUCCACCGAGAUCUGAGGGGGCGCUGUAGCAAACAUUACGUUGCUGAUGAGAAGUUGUAUGAUGGUAUAGUGACCUGUUUGCACCCUUCCGGCCUGGUCCCCUCUGAGCUGGACCCCUUCUGCCUGCAGCUCUUGCCCCAGCGCCUGGAGACCCAGUGGGGCUACAAGCUGUACAUCCCUGGCAGGGACAAUUGCCCUGGAGAAGCGGUGCACGACGCCCUCUCAGACGCAGUGAAGAGGAGUCGCAGGCUGCUCCUGCUGCUGUGUGCCUCCAGUCCACAGGGGGCGGUGCAGCCAUCUGACGAGCUCCAGCCGCUGUGCUACGAGCAGAGAGUGGGACUAUAUGACGCACUGAUGCUCAAGGAGCUACACAUCAUCCUCAUCGAGAUAGGUGGACCAGUGGACUACAGUCGUCUGCCCAAGUCUGUGCAGUACCUGAAGAGGACACAGGGGGCACUGCUGUGGAGACCUGCACCCAGAGGCAGACUCGGCUUCCUGCGCUCAGAGAGGAGCUUCUGGAACAGGCUCCACUACUAUAUGCCCCAGGUGCCAUCAGGGAAGAGCCAGCUGGGGCCCAAAGCCUUCAGUCCAGCUUCCAGUGUUGUAGUGUGUUAGUCGAGUCCCCCUCAAGUCACAAAGGACUACUUGAGGUUGAGGUUUGAGUUCAAUGCAGUCGUUCUCAAACUUUUCAUACCAAGUACCACCAAAGAAAAGAUUUGGCUUUUCUUUUUCUUUUCUUUUUUUAUCCUUUUUAUUCUUUUACAAAAAACAAAACAAAACAAAAAAACAGUACAGUACAGUACAAAACACAACAGGUCUUGUCAAGAGAUAGAAACAUGCAAAGAAGACAAAGAUACAGACAAGAGAGUCAUAAACAAACAUGGUACAUGCCAUAAGGCAAG